CCUUCAUUGAUUUGACAAUUCAAACAGCACCAAACAGACGGCAACAAAAAUUAUCACCUCAAAAUAUUCAUUUUUAACAUUUUUUCUACUUUAUUACUGGUAUUAAUAUUGAAAAAUGGCUUCAGCAAUGGAUGUUGAUGAAGAGGAAGUAGAAAUGGCUUCCUCUAGUAGCAGUAAAGGGGAUAAAAAGAGAUUCGAAGUGAAAAAGUGGAACGCAGUUGCCUUAUGGGCAUGGGAUAUUGUUGUUGACAAUUGUGCCAUUUGCCGCAACCACAUAAUGGAUCUGUGUAUAGAAUGUCAAGCUAACCAAGCAUCAGCAACCAGUGAAGAGUGCACAGUUGCUUGGGGAGUGUGUAAUCAUGCCUUUCAUUUCCACUGCAUCUCCCGCUGGCUAAAAACUAGGCAAGUGUGUCCCUUAGACAACAGAGAAUGGGAAUUUCAGAAGUACGGACAUUGAUCCCGACACAUUCAACACCAAGUCAAUCAUCACUUCUGUUACUGAUAAAGACUUUAAAUGUCAAUAUUCAUAAGAUUCCAAUAAAAUUAACUUCAAGUACUCUUUGUCAUUCAUUAUUGCUGGAUUAAUAACAUUGUAACAAAAUAAACAUGUAAUAUGAAAAUAAAAAUAGCAAAUCAGCCUGA